CCACUAUCUCAAUCUCAUUUCCCUCCUCAACCUCACUCUCAGUGAAUUGCGGAUCACCUCCAAAUUUCUUUGUAAUCUUGUACGUAUAUGCUUUCAGCUCAUAAUUUGUUUUUGUCGCUUCACUUUUUGAAACGCACAAAAUGAGUACCGGAGAUUUUCUCAACGUCGAUCCGGUGGAGAUGAAAUUUCCAUUUGAGUUGAAGAAGCAGAUAUCUUGUUCUCUGCAAGUCUCGAAUAAGACUGAAAGUCAUGUCGCUUUUAAGAUUAAGACCACGAAUCCGAAGAAAUAUUGUGUUCGGCCGAACACUGGGAUCGUUUUGCCCCGGUCCACAUGUGAUAUUGUUGUUACAAUGCAAGCACAAAAGGAACUUCCAGCAGAAAUGCAAUGCAAGGACAAAUUUUUGCUUCAGAGUGUAAUUGCGCCCGCUGGUACAAGUCCAAAAGACAUCACUGCUGAAAUGUUCAAUAAGGAUCAAGGAAAGGUGGAAGAGUGCAAGUUGAAGGUUGUGUAUAUCUCACCACGCCAACCGCCAUCUCCAGUUGCUGAGGAAGCAGAUGAGGGGGGCUUUUCACCUUGCACCAACACAAUGGAUAACAGCGGCAGUGAUGCAAACUCUCUUACUGCAAAAUUGAGCGAGGAAAAAGCUGCUGCAGUUCAACAGGGGAACAAAAUUCGUCAGGAAUUGAAUGUGUUGAAGCGCGAUGGCAAGAAAAGUUCAGGAGUAUCCAUCACCCUGGUUAUCAUUAUUGGCGUGGUAGGUCUUGUUAUGGGAUACCUUUUCACAAUCAAAAGCACAUGACCGCAUUUAUGCAGAGUAGAAUCGAUCUUCCAAAAUACCUUGUUUUUUCAUUCAUAUGCUAUAAGCUAUUAAGCUUUGUGAUUAUAGGUAGAAUUCCAAUCUUAUUUAGAUGUUGACAGAUAGUGCUGUAAUAGCAUUCUUCCAUUUUUUUAAAACUUGGAUAAUACAUUAGCUGUGUGCAUUUUUUAAAAGUGUCUUCGAAUUUGUAUCAUGUCGAUUGUUUGUUCCAUCAAAAUAUAUAGCCUUGAUGAAAACAAGAAAGAUUGUUUAUGGAGUAUCAUUUGAAUCA